AUGCCAUUAACACCAGCACAAGUUGCACAAGCAGUAGCAUUAAUUGACCAAGGGCUGACACAGCGUGAAGUUGCUAUUGUGCUUAACGUACCACGGUCCUCAAUGCAGUAUUCACUGAAACGAUACCAGGAGACAGGCCGCUACACCCGCAGGCCAGGCAGUGGGGGCGUAAGGUGCACAUCGGCCCGGGACGAUCGUUUUAUUGUUAUGGAGAUUUUGAGAAACCGCUACCUGACCGCUGUUGAGAUACGCCAGCGGCUCCAAAUCGCAAGAGGCGUUAAUGUUAGUGAGCGUACGGUGAGAAGACGAAUGGAGGAAGUGAAUUUAAAAGCUCGUAGACCAGCACGAGGUCCAGAACUUCUCAGACAGCACCGAGUAGCCCGACUUCAGUUCGCAAGAGAACAUGUCAAUUGGACCCACGAGCAAUGGGCUAGAGUGUUGUUCACAGAUGAGUGUCGAAUAGCUUUACGUGCUCCAGACGGUCGAGAACGAGUGUGGAGAAAAAGAGGAGAGAGGUUUCUACCCAUUACCACCACCCAAACUGUGAGUUUCCAUGGAGGCUCAAUAAUGGUAUGGGGAGGUGUAAGUUCCGACGCACGUACAGAGUUGGUCAUCGUCGAUAAUCGGCUUACAGCUACUCGAUACAUCGAGGAAGUUCUUCAGGAGCACGUAAUGCCUUAUUCGGGAUUCAUUGGACACGACCAAUUCCUCCUCAUGCACGAUAAUGCACGCCCGCACGUCGCACAUUGUGUAGAAGAAUAUCUGGAAGAGGUUGGAAUACAAAAAUUACAGUGGCCAGCUCGUAGCCCGGACUUAAAUCCAAUUGAGCAUGUAUGGGGUAUGCUCAAAAGAAAGAUAAAAUCCAGCUCCAAACCGCCACAAACUCUAAAUGAGCUCCGAAAUGCAGCGCUGGCCGCUUGGGACAGCAUACCGCAAGUUGAUGUCAGAAACAUCAUUCAAAGCAUGCCAGAUCGAAUGCAAGCGGUUAUCAGGGCUAGAGGAGGAAACACCCGAUAUUAA